CACGCACGCGCUGCAACAUGCCGGGAUUGAAAGAACAGGACCUCUACCUCGACCCGUCCAUUAGGGACUGGGUCUUGGUCCCCAUCACGCUGAUCAUGGUGCUGGUUGGCUUGUUGAGGCACUAUGUUACGCUGCUGCUCAACUCGGCGCCGAAGAAGCAGCCCAAGGCGGCCGUGCGCGAGCAGCGCAUGCUCGGUCGCUCGCAGCUCCUGCGCGCAUCGUCCCCCCAGUCGCCGCUCCCCCCGGCGCAGUACCGUGCCUUCUCGGCCGCCACGGCUACGGCGCUCACGUCGGGCGAGUACAUCAAGCAGAAGACGGCCGCCGAGAAGGAGGUGUCGGUCGGCCCGUUCGACCCGUCCCAGAUGGACACGAUGAUGGACGGCAUGAAGAAGCAGGCCGUUAUGAUGGUGCCCAACAUGCUCAUCAUGCAGUACAUCAAUGUCUUCUUCUCGGGCUACAUCCUCAUCAAGCUUCCCUUCCCGCUCACUUUGGGCGCCAAGUCGUUGUUCGCGCGCGACCUUGCCAUGCCGGAUCUCAGCGUGCGCUGGGUAUCCGCGCUCUCGUGGUACUUCCUCAACCUGUUUGGCCUUAACGGCGUGUUCAAGCUCAUCCUCGGGCAGGACAAUGCCGCGGUCGACACCCGCGACAUGACCGCGACCGGCAUGCUCGCCGGCGCUGGCGGCGCGCAGCCCAUGGCUGGCCCCGCCGGCGUGCCCGACAUGGACCGCGUGUUCAAGUCUGAGGCGGAGAACCUGUCCCUCAGCGACGGCCUGUACAGCUGGGUCGGACAUGGCAUCGAGGACCGCGUGUUGAAGCGCUUCAACCGGGCGUAGGGCGAGGAGUGAGGGCGAGAGCGAGGCGCACAAUAGACGCGCGGGCGAGAUAGCUUCUGCAUCGCUUGCGUCGACCACCAAAUGCAUAGUAGUAUUGCACUGCACAAUA